GAUAGUGACGGAGAAGGGAGGAUGGUGGGGCGGAAAUUGGAGUGGGUUUUAUAAGUGCGGUGAUUUCAUACGCCUACCUUUCCAAGUAACCCAUUUUAUCGCUGUCUCGCUCUUCCAUCUCAGUUUUCCGUGACUCUCUCGUUUAGUGGUAUCCGCUACGCGGAUACAUGUCAUAUCCAUGAGCCAAGUUGCCUUCUUGAAAGGUGCAUGUCUACAUUCCAUGUGUCGACACGCUGCAUUUCCGCGGCUAAAAUCGCAAGCGCAUACAACGAUAGAUCGUACUAUACAUUAAGGGAGACUCGUUUACAGCGCAGGUACUACCAGCGGAUACGACGAUUUUAGAAUCGGUCGCGAGAAGUAGAGGAAGAAGACGCGAUAUGUGUGUCAUGUAAUUGGAACGUAAUAGCUUUCCAAAAGCUUUUCGAUUGAAUGGACGUAGAAGUAGAACGUUCAAUAUGACCUAGGUGACUUAGAACGACUUAAAAAGCCUCGGUGCGCAAUGCGACAUUUACGUAAAAUAUAUUGGCUAUUUUGGGUGGGUCUACCGACUCUCACAGCAUAUCCCGUGUCAACGCCGUAUUUAACAGAUUUUCACAACGAUCAAGGAUCAUUAGAAUGGGAACGUUAUUGGAUAAGAUAUACGAUUACUCUCUUAAGUUUAACCGUCGCUGCAUUUACUCUGGCUGGAUGUUUAUGCUGCAGAAGACCUCGUCGUACUAUAGGAUUUCAGGACAAAGCAGGAAAAUGUAAACAGGAAUUCAAGAAUGGAAGUAGCACUGGUCCAGAGUUACCGUUUGAACAAUCGAUAGAGGGUUUAGCCAUUGAUGUUCCACGAAUGAUAGCAUUAACCGACAGAGUACAAUUUGAGCCUCUACCCGUAGAUCGAAUUAUAUCAGGACCAAAGGUUCCAUCUCCGACAAAACCAUCUUCCAUUUCACAUUUAUCAUUUACGGGUGAAUACAAUGAAGAUAAUGCUACAUUACAAGAGCCUUGUAGAGAUUGGUUUGAAGCGGAGGACCUUUAUGUACCUAGAGAAAAAUUAAAAUACUUGAGAGAACUAGGACGUGGCUGGUUUGGCAAAGUUGUGGAAGGCCGAGCGGAUUUAGAUAAAUCAAAAGGAGCUCUAAAAAGUGGAGGAGUUGUUGUAAGAAUUCUGGCAGAAGAAGCUACAAUGAAAGAGAAAGCUUGGUUCCUAGGAGAGGCUACACCGUAUCUUAAAUUGCACCAUCAAAAUGUUUUAGCAUUACUUGGCUUUUGUUUAGAAACUGAUCCGUAUUUGUUACUCUUUGAAUCUUGUCCUGCUGGUGAUCUUAAAGGGUUUUUAUUAUCGAAUCAUGAUAAAAAAUCUCAAGAAGCACUAAUAAAAGAAAAUAUCCCGACUAGAAUGGCACUGGAAAUAGCUGCUGGUUUACAACAUAUGCAUAAUCAUGGCUUUGCACAUACUGACUUGUCUGCAAGAAAUUGUUUGGUUGCUUCUGAUUUAUCUGCAAAAUUAGGAGAUUAUGGGACUGGCGUUGAAAAAUAUCCUGAAGAUUAUUACAUAGUUGGAGAUCGUGCUUUGCCCAUUAGAUGGUCUGCACCUGAAAGUUUAGACUGUACAGAUACUACUAUUGAAACUCGACAAAUUACAUUGCAAGCAAAUAUAUGGAGUUACGCCGUACUGUUAUGGGAAAUUAUUAAUUGGGGUAAUAGGCCUUAUGAUAAUAUGUGUGACGAGGAAGUUAUACAGAUGCUUUUAUCUCUUAAAACUGAUUUUUCAUUAAAUAAUGUACAGCCAUUGCAUAACUGUCCUGAAAAUAGUCCCUCCAAUAUAUUACACGUAAUACGCACAUGUCUGAAUACAGAUGCUAAAAAGAGGCCUUCUUUACGUGACAUAAGACAAAGCUUACUUACUGAACAUAUAGAACAAGAAGAUUUUGAGCAAUGGGAAAAUUUACAAACUAAUACAUCUAUUAAUCAUACACGUAGUGCUAGUUUACAAAAUCUUCGUGGCAGUAUUGAUUCUGAUCAUUGGACGAGCAUGAUGGACGAGAAACCAUUAGAAACAUUACAAUCUUCUUUUCGACUUGGACCAGACGAACCAGUUAAAAGUGUCAUAAAUAUGGCAAGUUUAUUUAAUGCAGCACAAGAGUCAGGAUCUGAAACCGAAGAAGAAAGUUGGAAGGGAAGAAUCGAACGAGGAGUUUAUACAGAAAAAGUAAAACAAAAGUCUAAAUCUGUAACUGAUCUCAUGGUACUUGUACAUAUUGAUCCUGAAUCGGAUGGAGAAUUUUCUAUGGGCACACAAAUGACAGAGAAAACUCUUAAGAAAAGAUUAUCCACCACUGGCAGCGAUAGUGAUCUAACGCGUACCAUGAUCGUGGAUGAAUUUGACGAAGUAUUAAGAAAAUUACGAAAUCCUAUACAAAGUGAUGUUUCUAAUAAAACUAAAUCGAUGAACAAUUCAGAAAAGCCAAAACUUUUGACGUUAACUAUGGAUCAGGAACAAACACCAAUCUUAAGGUUGUCUCUGGAUUCUAAAGAAGGUUCUAUCGUUAAUAAAAAUUCUUCUGUCUUAAACACAAGUCCAGAUAAUGUACGUAGCGAGGAACAUAUAUUAAGACUAUUGUCAAAAGGUGAUCCAGAUCUUCCCCUUCUUCGUUAUGUUCCUGAUAGCAAGUUUUCUUGUGAAAUUUUGGAGAGCACUAAUGAAACUCAAUCUGAUAACACUUCCGUUAAUAAUGAAAAUAAUGAAUCUUGCUUUUCUAACAAUUUCUCGUUUCAAAAUCUUGACACUAAUCAGAAUAACUUGGUAGAUGUUCUUCUUUGGAAUCAUGCACUUGACUCAGCUUUGGAACAUAAGAUACCAGGAUUUUCAGAUGAAGGUGAAUUUAAAGAAUUCAUAGAACCUUCUAUAAAUCAACAGAAUAAUAGUACUUUGGAACUUUCUACAUCUGCCAAUGUUACAGAUAACAGUGAACAAUUUGAUAAAGAAACUUCUGUGUACAAUCUUAAUGAUUUGUCAAAUACUGAAGAUAUAGGAAUCGUUCGAAAAGUAUUGAUAAACGAAUAUGAAGAAAGAAAACAUUUAUCUACUCCUGACGAUGAGCAAAGUUCAGAUUCUGGCUUUAGAGACAAGGAAUCCUGUGAAGAAGAAGAAAGUAUGUGUCCGCCCUGUGAUCAAACGAGCUCUCGUGACACGUCUGUCAUACAUGUGCCUACAUGUACCGAAGAUGAACAGUUACAGGUUUUAUUAGAGCUUGAUACUAUUUUAGAUGCUGAAUAUUACUCGAUACUUCCUGAAUCUGAUAACUCUGUAGUGACGAAUAAUACAAACGGUAAAGCAGAAUAUGACAAUCCAAAUGUACAAGAUAUCAAGGUUCAAAAUACUAGCAGUAUUUUAUCAAACGAAAUUACUACAAAUACAUAUGUAGAACAAGAUGAAGAAGUUGAGACUCAAUAUUUAAAUAAGAAUGAUCGAAUGGAAGAUGAAAAUAUAAAACUUACAAGUAAUAUGCAAAAUGGAGAUUUUGUGGCGUCAUCUAGUAAUUACUGUGAUGAUACAAAUACUUAUAUAACAGAAAAUUCCAAAGAGAGCAAGAUAUCUUCCUUUGAUGGAAAAAUAACGCAUGGAGAUACGGAAAAUUAUAUACAAGAUGAUAAUGGGCAUGAAAAUGAAGAGGAAGAUAGCUCUACGAUGAGCUUAUGCAGUGAUAACUCCUAUGUAUCUUUUGGUAUGGAAGAAGAAUUUGUUACAGCUAUUAGAAACGAGCUUAGAGAAAAACUUCCACGUGCACAGAUGCCCGUCGUGGAACCGUCCGAACCUCGCGAUGAAGAGAUCUCCCCUAUAUCUAGCGAUAUUGAGAACAAACGUUGGGACGAUGAUGAGAAUGAAGAAUCACCAGAUCGAAACACUAGUAGUGUAGAUAUUUCCAUAAGGUAUAAUCUUUAUGGAACACCACUCAGUCCCAUUUUAGAAGAACGAGAAAGCACUGUCACUUCUGAGUCUUUGCUAUCAAAUUCAAGAGACGCGUCCAUUGUAUCUAAAGAAUCAGUACCAUCUGAAGAUGUAUUAUUAGUUGAUACUAGAACAAAUAAAAUGAUAUUAUUAGAGGGAUCAAGAGAAAAGCAACUGCAAGAUGAUGAUCGAGAUACAACAAAUGGAGAUAUUUCUGAAGAAGAAAAUGUUGAAUAUAGUUCAUCGUCGAUAUACACAUCAGAGGACAAACCUCAUGGUAUGAUCGCUACUGGAGGAGGAGCACCGUUACCAAGUCCUGAAGAAGAAACGAAAUGGCAACAAUUACCUUCCUCUUUUCCAUUACCUUUACCAUUACCUUUACAAGAUGAUUUAAUGUCUACAAGUUUUGCUACAGAACGUGAUUGGGAUAGUCAAGACGACGAUGAAGUAGGAGAUGAAGAGGGGGAAGAUGAAGAUAACAGUUCUAGUUCGGGUGAAUUUGUUUGGAAACGAUACAGCGAGCCUCAUGCGGAACAAAUACAAAUCAAAAGUACUUUGAGCAAUGAAAAAGUAGAAGUAGAACAGGCCGAGUUAAGAGAAGAAGUUGACGCAGAAGAUGAAGAAGAAGAAGAAUUCACACCAUCGGCUUGGAAUGCAACAUUAGCACCACAUAGGUCUGCGUUAAGGUCUCCAGAUAAAACAUUAAAGAGCGGAGAUCAAAAGAAGAGUGUAUGGUUCAAGAAGCAACGCUAUCAUUGUGUAUAUGAGUAUCCAAAAGAAACAUUAGCUAAUGACAUCCAAGGUCAAGCUACCACUACAUGGGAACCAACUUCGUAUACAGAUUGGGAGGAACUAAUGAAUGAGCCAAGAUUAGAUAUGUAUCCCUUGGAUUACGAGGAUAUAAAUCGAGCUGGAAAUGAAGAAUUUUAUGUGAGUAGUUCAAAUCGUCCGUUUCAAUUUCCAACCAGCGAUAGUAAAUAUGUUAGUCAAUUCUUUCCUGGCGCUUGUUCCGCAUCAGUAAAUGAAGAAGAACAAGACGAAGUAGACUGCAAUCAGGAAGAAGAAUGUACUAAUAAUAGCCAGACAAAUGAGCAUGAACAUUUUAAACAAUAUCAACUAGGAGAAUUAAGGCAUACCAGAGACCGCCUAAAAUUAAAUUUAUUAGCAGGGAAUAAUGCAGUAGAUACCACUUUUGUUCCUCUGAAACAAGUAUAUGAAGAUAAGGAAGAUCUAUUAAGAACUGAAAAAGCGCAUACGUUAGAUUUGCUGGAAAAUAUGAAAGUAACGGAAGACCAAUGUAAUUUGUCAAAUUUGGUAGAUGACAAUACUUCGCCAAAGGUGCCUCAGGAGGAUUUACAAUGUGAAAUAGAUAAUGAUCCAAUUUCGCCAAAAAUUUAUCAAAAUGACAAUGAAAAGAAAAUUGAGUCUGCUAAUAAUGUAGCGUUCUAACGCUUGACUGAAGCAAUUUAUAGUGCACAAUGAUAUUUUGAGGAAAUCAGUUUAAUUGAAGUCCGUCCGAAACAAUUCAUUGUGGAAGUGCAGUGGUGCAAUUGGUGCCGACGAGAUUGAUAUUGUCGCAAUAUUGAUAUUUUAUGACUGUAUAUAUAAAAAUUAGUAUUAAAAUGUAAAUGUAACAAAAGCAAAAUGUACAGAGUAUACACCGAUGUGGGCUUUUGGAUUGAUUCGGAUAUAGGAUACUUAAAAAAAGAAAAAAAGAAAAAAGAAAAAAAAGAAAAAAAAAGAAAAAAAAAAGCAAGAAACGAAAUAUAGUCGCAAGUAAUCGAUACUGUGACUAUAAUAAACUCUGCCAAAUGAUACAGUAAAAAAAGUCAACAAAGUACUGUAACAUUUGAGCAGUGGACAGCUCUUUAGCCUUUCAUUCAUCGAGCAAUUUUGUGCCUAUUUUAUAAGUAUCAUUUCUAUUUGUUUCAGUCUUGACAUUACAGGCUUUAAAUUUCAAUAGGAAAAAUUAUAAUAUUAUCGAGUAACAAUGAUAGUGAAAAAAGGGCUAUUCAGUGCUUAUGUACAGUAUACAUAAAUCAUUUGCAUACUUAAGCGAGUGUUAUAUAAUGGAAUUAACAUUUAAAUUCAAGAUUUUGUGCAAUAAUGAUCAUGUCUAGUUAACAAAUUGCUGAACAUAGUUUGUUAUUAGAAAGAAAUAUAAAAUUUUGUUAGAAUUUAUCAACAUAUGUAGUUGCAUGAUUGCAUACAUAUAAUGUACAAAGAGAAAAUGUGUUAUAAUAUGUUUAUAAGGUGCUGUAGCAUAAUAUCAAAUGUGUUGCGCGAAUUAAUAUUACUGGCUUUAUAUCCACAGUAUUUCAUAUCAGCGACAGAUUUGUUUAUGCUAUGACAGAAUUAUCAUAAGUAACUUUGUAAUACAUGUAAAUAUUUAUAUAUUUAGAUGAUAGUCUAAUAGUUGAUUAAUUGAUGUGAUAUAAAUCUUGUGUUGGCAAUAUUUUGCUAAUACAUGAUUUAAUAUCAAUCAUCUUUAAAUAAUACAAAAGAUAAAAAUUAUAUUUGAACAUACAAUUAAUCAACUAAUGGACGAUAGUCUUUACCAACAAUAGCAGCCUAAUGAAAAUUUCACUACACUUUACCCAGUCAAUCACAAUCAAUGCUCAUUUAUCUAUUUAACGUCACUCUUAUGUUUUUCUUGAUAUUAUUAUUUCUAGGGUAAAGUAUUUCUUUUAAGCAUCACAGCAUUGCAAAAAGAAUUAUACCAUGACUUAACGCUUAUUUUUAGCAACGGCAAAAUAUUAUUAUAUUUGACAAAUCAGUUUAUACAAAACCACGUGAUAGUGUUAAUCUCUAUGUAUUAUUAAUAGAUCUGUGAUGAGAACGAGAUAUAUAGUUGUAUUUCGAUCAAUUUUGUAACGAAUCUCAGAAAAGUAUUGCAUAAAGUGUAAAUUAAUAGUAUACUAUUUUAGGUGAAAAACAUUUUGAAGGAUCUUGUCAUCCUUGCUUAUUUUCUUUUGUAUAUAAUUACAAUGUUUAAAAAUAAAUUAUCUACUACUCUAAGUUUUUCACUGUUUGAGUUAGUUGUACUUUUAAUCAAAUACUGUACAUAUUUUUGAGACAUAUAUAUAUAUAUAUAUAUGUAUUAAUAAUUAUAUAUACAUACAUCCGUAAUAUAUAUAUAUAUAUAUAUAUAAUUAUUAAUACUUAUUUAGCAAGCAAUAAAUUGCUCUUUCUCCUAUCAGUUUUAUACUGCAAUGUAUUAAUAAUUAAACAGAAAUCAAAAUUAAUUAAUUAAGUGAAUAAUGACUACAAAUGGCGUUGGUGAUUGCGCCAUAAAAUAACAAGUCCUUGAUGAUCUCCAGAAGCGAGAAAUGAUUCGUCAUAAUUAAACGAAAGAGCAAGUACAGGUCUUGCAUGACCAUGAAGUAGAUUUACUCUUGCAGCUUUACCAUCUUUGGAAGAAUCAAAAAGAUGAAUUGCACCAUCUUCUGAACCAGUUGCUAUUAAACAAGCUCCCAUUUGGGGACAAAAUGUAGAUCUUAUACAAUGAAGUCUGCAAUAAUUAAUAUGCAAUAAUUAAUAUUGUAAUAUUGGCAAAAGAAAAAAUUACUUGAAUAGAAUACCUGUGCUUAAUAGGAUAUUUUUUCAAUAAUUUCAGAGAACCCUGAUUAUCAGCAACGCGAUACAAUAAUACUGCAUUGCAAGCGGUACUUGCUAAAAAGACUGGCCAUGGUAUUUCUUUCGAAUGCCAAGAACGCCAAGAGAGGCUGGUUAUCAUACUAUUUAAUUUCUGAACUCUUUGCAAUUUUGAAAGCCUUCCUGUCCUAGCCUCUAAUUGUAAUGAAGUAAUAGUACCUCUAUCGCUUCCUGCCCAUAUCAAUGAGCCACCACUUUCUUCACAAGUUAAUGAUAAAAUCUUAAAUAAAAAUAAUUAAUAUAUUAACGUUCUAAUAAUUGAAAAUAAAAGAUUAUAAUAAUAUACCUUUUCCCCAAGUUUGCAUGAACCACCACGUGUAUAGAUUCCUGUUGAUACAUUUAAAAUUUGAAUCAACCCGUGUGAAUUACCAGUAACUACUAAAUUAUUAUUAGCUGGUAUAAAUGCACAACAAAAAAUUUCUGCGUUUUGUGGAUCUUUAACCACUCGUAAACACUUAGGUUCUGCAUGUACUUUCCAAAGACGUAUAGUAGCAUCCAGAGAAGAUGAUACUAUCAAAUCAUUGCUGAUACUCCAAUCAAAAGCUGUAACUCCUUUCUGAUGACCUUCAAGUACAGCAAAUACUUGUGGUGGUGUGUUAACAACUUCGCAUAUCGAUAGAGUUCCAUCUAAAGAUGCACAUCCUAAUCUGGAUCUAUCAUUAUUGGCAAAUUUAAGCAUUAUUACAGCUGCAGUAUGUUGAUCGAAAGCGUGAUGAACUCCAGCAAAAGCAAAAUUCUCUGCUGUUGAUUUCUUUUGAACAAAAUGAGAUUUUGGUACAUUCUCUGAAGUUUCUUCUUGUAAAGAAUUGUUCAUAAUGUUAUUUUGAUCAAUAUUCUCUCCAUAUCGUUUAUAUAAUAAAUCUGAACGUAAUUUCAAGUACUGUGUACGAAUAUCGUCCUCCUUAAAUGGUUUUUCUCUCAAUAAUUGAUUUCGUCUACGAAUAUAAAGCAUGCCUGUAAUUAUGGAAAAAAAAAAAAAAAAAAAAAAAAAAAAAAAAAAAAAAAAAAAAAAAAAAUAACAU